GUAUUUCAAUUUCCACCCAUUAGUCUCGCAUUCAAACGCGGCAAAUAACCGCAACGCAUCAAAGUGCCGCGUCGCGGUCCUCGCCCCGCGGAAUAAAGAACAAGAGAGAAAGAGUGCAGCGGUGGAGAAGGCUGGGUGAUGGCAAAUAGAAACACGAAAACUAGUCACCCAAAAAUCUAUGCCAUUACAUCACAGAAAUGAAGAGUCGCUCUGAGAAGAAUUCAAGUUAAAAGACAUUUUUCGAAAAAUCGCUCGCUUUCACUGUGGUCAACCUAUUGCCGUCUGACAAAAUGGAAAUGGACGUGUAUGAUGAAUUAUUGGCCGCUGCUUUAUUUAUCGUUUUCUCGAGCAUUGUUUUGUGGGUGUUUAGAAAAUUAUGGGCAGUGAGGAAACGAAAGAAUAUUAAUGACACGUCAUCUAAAAGCGGACACUACUGGAGUUCAAUCAAUUACAGUGAACAACACAACUAUUGCUCUGGAUGCAAAGAGCACAUUGUUUCGGGUUACGAAUGUGAUAAUUGUCUGCUCAAGGUGGAUAACAUAAACUGUCUUCGAGCAGUAUCUACAAAAAUCCAAUGUAAAGUCAAUCCGAUACACUGUAGAAAAGAGACAUUUGACCAUCAUUGGAUAUGUGGAAACAUUGGCGCUGAUCUAUUUUGCGAAGUCUGCGAAGAGUUGUGCGGUGGUGUUGGCCUUCAAGAUUUUCGAUGCUCUUGGUGUUGGCGCGUUGUGCACACCAAGUGUAAACCAAAAUUCACUAAACAUUGCGAUUUUGGUGGAUUGAAACGAACUAUCAUACCACCAUAUUGUGUUACCACAAGAAGACCAGGAAACCGGAAUCAGAGAAUGGCUGUCAUUGACAAAAUCGAAAUACCAGUUGAUAUUGAAAAAUGGCGCCCAAUCAUGGUUAUUGUCAACCCAAAAAGUGGAUCAGGUGCUGGAAAGCAGCUUCUCCGCAAUUUUAGAGCUCAUUUGCACCCGGCACAAGUUGUAGAUGUUCUUAAAUCAAAUAUUGCUGCCUCCCUUCGAUGGAUCGACGAACAUCCCAAUGUUGACGUCAGGAUAUUGAUUGCUGGAGGUGAUGGUACAAUUUGUUCAGCUCUCGAUCAGAUUGACACACUUAGCCGUCGUAUUCCGGUGGCCGUUUUACCGCUCGGUACUGGCAACGAUCUAUCUCGACUAUUGAAAUGGGGCAAAAAAUGCGACGGCGAUAUCGACGUCAUCAAGUUGAUGGAGGAUAUACAAGAAGCCGAGGUUACGCUUGUCGAUCGAUGGACAAUUGAUGCGGAAAGCCAGAAAAAACUCGGAGUUCGAUUGCAGUCUAACAAAACGCUGUCAAUGACAAACUACGUGUCGGUUGGUGUCGAUGCUUGUGUCACGUUAGGAAUGCAAAACACAAGAGAAUCAAUUCCCAGAGCAAUGAGUAGCAGGCUACUCAACAAAUUCCUCUUCUUCACAUUUGGAACCAAGGAUGUUUUUGAGAGAGUUUGCAAGGGUCUGAACGAGAGAAUCGACCUAUAUUUAGACGACGUCCACGUCAACCUUCCCGAUAUCGAAGGUCUCAUCUUUCUCAACAUUCCAUAUUGGGGCGCUGGAGUCAAGCCAUGGGCCACGUACAAUGAUAGUCAUCGACAAGAAUGCGACGAUGAGAUGAUUGAAGUGUUUGCGGUGACAUCAUCGUUUCAUAUUGCUCAAAUGCAGAUCGGACUGGCGAGCCCGUUGUGCAUUGGGCAGGCCAAGCAUGCGAAGCUUGUGUUCAAGGGGAAUCACUCGUUCCCUAUGCAAUCGGAUGGUGAAGCAUGGGUGAAUUCGGCCGGAACAGUGCUAAUCUCCCAUAAGUGCAAGACUGCGAUGCUGAGGAAAGCGGAGAAGCAGACGACCGGAUGUGGGAUGUUCUUCUAAAGAUCCCCUCACAAUUCUCCCAUAUGUAUAUUGCAGUUUUCUAUUUUUUGCCUCCAUUUUGAAUUCCAAUUGUGAUCUCCUUCUAUAGUACUCAUUUUUUCUUGAUUUUUAUUUGACUUAAACAUUUCCAUGCGAAUUUUUUCUAUAUAUUUGUUCUGUUUUUCCUUCAUCUGACUGUGUUUUUGGAUCAAUUCAUGUUUGUCGAAAUUCUUUCUUUUUCAGAAUUUCGCCAAAAGUAGCGGCCUAGGGCUUUGUAUAUCAUUUUCUGAUUUUUAAACGGUGUCUUUUUAUAAAUGCCAACAUCACU